AUGGGUUCUCGAGGAGAAGCUCAGGAUUUCCAAAGAAUGACCAAUCGUGAACUUGAGAUGGGUGGUGGACCUUCCUUCGCCGUGUUCAAGUACCUCUGCUACAGUGCGACAGACAGUAGCAAGAAGGCAUUCAUGAGAAUUUACUUUCAGAUUCCCAACCCGGAACAGAGUCCCAGCUCCCCCGGCUACGACAACAACAGGCAGCUCCACCCCGUAACCAUUUGGAGCUACAAGCUUUGA